GUUCAGCACUGUGAAGGAGUUUCUAAAACUCUUUUGUAACCACUCACACACCAUCAAAAAAACAAGAGAAAUACAGGUUGAUGCUGCUAAAACAGACAGUAGUAGCAGAAGAGAGGCAGAAAGGAUGGAUAUUUUGAUCAUUUGAUUGUUUUUAUUUUUGAAAAUUCCUUGCUGUGGUGUUUAUUUCAUUUUUUAUCUGGAUUGCGUUGAUGGAUGUCCAACAAAGGGCUCUGCUGUGCUGGAGGAGCGAAGGCCGCGAGCGCACUACGCCUCAGUGGAAGUUUACCGUUGGAGCAAAAAGUGAACAAUGUUAAGAAAACCCAGGAAAACACUUUUAACGUUCCCUCAUGUAGAAACGGCUCUCUUCACAAUGUCACCACUGAUGUAUUUAUCACAACGUCAGGCUCUUUAAGAAGAGGAGCACUGGGAGAGUGACAGCGGACUAAAGAUGUCUGACCUCAGCCAAGUUGCAGUGUAUUCAGACUCUUCAGAUAUUUAUAAGAAUGUGUUCUGCAACCCCGCCUUCGAGCUGGAGGGGGAGCGAGAGGAGAGGGUGGAGGGAUUCAGGACAUCCUCAUCCACUCCUGAACCAAUCAAACUGCCAGCGGCUAGCCUAGGCUGGGGUCUAUUUGGGGUGUGUGUGAUGCGUCUGCGGGGCCCGGGUUGUGGCUGGGGGGUGGUGGCGGUCUCUGCUGCUGUCCUGCUCCUGUUAACAGCUCUCGGACUGGCGCUGGCCCUCAUCCUCACACAGAUAAAAGGCCAGGCAGUGGAGGAUCAGUUGUUGUCCACCAGCCCUCCAGACGUGCUGAAUGUAGGAGGUGCAGCAUCCCCUACUGUACCCACAAUCUCUCCCAACAGAAGUCAGCUGGACAGCACAGCCCCACCACAACCCGCUUUGACCCCAUCAUCUGAAACACGUUGUGGAGGGAUUUUGACUGACUCAGAGGGUAGUUUCAGUUCUCCAAACCACCCCGGGUCCUACCCCCCCAACUUGCUGUGUGUGUGGGUCAUCCGAGUCCUUCCCCCCUCCCUGGUCCAGAUCCACGUUUCCUCUCUGGCUGUAGAGGGGCCAUCUCCCUGUCCAUUUGACUGGCUUGAGGUGCAAGAGCACAUAGAGCAGAGCUCUGUGGUCACCAGAUUCUGUGGUAACGUGGCGCCACCAACAGUCAACACAAACAGCAGCACAGUGUGGGUCACCUUCCACUCUGAUGGCAGCAUCGCAGGCAGUGGCUUCACUGCACAGUACAGGACCAUUCUGCCUGAACACAAGAGCUGCUCCAGAGAUGAGUUUAUGUGUGACAGUGGUCGCUGUCUGCUGCCUGUGUCUAUUUGCAACGGUCAUCCAAACUGCCACGACCAAACAGAUGAGGCAAACUGCAGCCAUAAACACAAAGAAUGUGGUGGGCUGAAGACCGGACAGUAUGGUUAUCUGUCAAGUCCAAACCACCCCAGGCCUUAUCCUCACCAGCAGUUGUGCGUAUGGUAUAUAUCUGUUGAGGAGGGUCACAUCAUAACACUGAGCUUCAGCAACUUCAGCCUGGAGACUCAGGAUGUGUGUACGUUUGACUACGUGGAGGUGCACGACAGCGUCGACACCAGAGCUGGAAGAGUGCUGGGAAGGUUUUGUGGCACCACCUUCCCCCCAGACCUGACCUCUUCCGGGCCCCACAUGACUGUGCUGUUUGUGGCUGAUGAGGGAGUGGCCGACAGCGGCUUUAAUGCAACAUACCAGGCUGUGUCUAUACUGGACAGGACAUGCGGCCCCAGCCAGUUUGCCUGCAGUACAGGAGAGUGUCUUCAGCAGCAGUUGUUGUGUGAUGGAUGGAACGACUGUCCUGAUGGAGCAGAUGAACAGGGAUGUGGCAACUCCACCUACCCUCCCUUCACUUCAUCGUGUGAGUUGAUAGAGGUAGAGAUGUGUCAAGGCCUCAGCUACAACCUCACCUCAUUCCCAAACAUCUGGCUGUCCAUUGCUGAUCAGAGAGAAGCUGCCACACUCCUGCGACAGUACCGGGUCCUGAUGGAGCUAGCGUGCUUCGAGCCCUUACAAAGGCUGGUGUGUGGGAUGUUUCUGCCCCAGUGCAGCCCUCAGGGUGGCGUCCUCCAGCCCUGCCGCUCAGUCUGCUCCUCUGCCGAGCAGCAAUGCAGCCAAGCCCUGGAUCUCUUCUCCUUCAGCUGGCCCUUUAACUGCCACCUCCUGCCCGACUCGCAGGACCCCAUGGAGUGUUCGCUGCCUUGAUGCUUCACACGUCUAAAGUUUCAGUUGUGCUGUUGGGAACUGAGGAUCCUCUCCAUCCCAGUCUACUUCUUCAGGAAACAUUCCACACCAGAUUUGCCGCAGUGUUUGAGGACCCAAAGGCCUUACAGAACUGGAGACUCAUUUUCUGGACUCAUUGAGAGUUCAAGAGCAGUUUAACUUGUAGCAUGACUGCUGCCUAUAAAGCCUGUGGUGCAUGCAGAAAAUUGUGGCACAGUAGCUAUCUUUUAAAGAAAAGCUUUAAAGUACGUAGAUGAAAAGAAUUUUUUCAAGUUUUCGUGUGAUUCACAGCAGCUAAGCCAAAUGAAAGUUUUCAAUCUCUCAAUAGAAAUCAAACUGUUGUAAAUUGUCUUUUUGCACUAUUUAUUGCAUUGUUGUCAAUCAUGUGACACCUCAUCUAUAAACAAUGAGUGAAUACAGAGA